AUGGCACCGCACCCCAGUGAAAAGUGGUUGACUACCGCCCGAGCUUCCUCCUUAAUCAAACUAAAGGACUCGUGCCAAUUCGACGACCCGCACAUUCGAAAGAGACGCCUCUAUUGCCCCUCUCACGGCGUUCCCAAAGACGUGAACGCUGCCAUUGCCACCAUCAAAACCAAGCGCUCCAUCCAGUUUGUGGACUGGUGCCCCACUGGUUUCAAGGUGGGCAUCAACUACCAGCCGCCCACUGUAGUUCCUGGUGGAGACCUGGCCAAGGUCCAGAGGGCUGUGUGCAUGCUGAGCAACACCACUGCUAUUGCAGAGGCCUGGGCUCGGCUUGACCACAAGUUUGAUCUGAUGUACGCUAAGCGUGCCUUUGUGCACUGGUAUGUGGGUGAGGGUAUGGAGGAGGGAGAGUUCUCUGAGGCCAGAGAGGACAUGGCCGCUCUGGAGAAAGAUUACGAGGAGGUUGGAGUCGACUCCAUUGAGGGUGAGGGAGAGGAAGAGGGAGAGGAAUAUUAAGGGACAAAAAGGCAUUAGUUAAACAUGAUACAAUUAAUUCUAAAAAAUUAAUGUUUAACUAUCAUUACAAGUUCGGACAUUGAGGGUGAGGAAGAGGGAGAGGAAGAGGAAUAGGUCCAAUAAGAAAAACCCCUUGAAAGUUUCAUUCCUUACCAAUACGCAGAAGCCUAAAAUCUUGCCUUUGUACUAGAAAUGUAAACGUGUUUCUAUUCCAAAUGUGUCACUGUAGUUGCAAAAAAACAAUUGGAUGGUUUAUGGAGUGUAAAUAAACUUUGGAAAAGUA